GGUCACCAUGCCACGUCGCGUAGAUGACGAUGUCCACGCGGCAUUCGUGGAGUUUCGCGCCGGUCAGGAUGACAAGUGCCUGUCUGUGCAGUGUAUGUACUGUCAGCAGGUGAGGGCCAAAAACACGACGCGUCAAAAGCAGCACCUCCUUCAGUGCGCCCCGUACCUCCAAGCCCACCCCGACGUCGCACUCCAGGCUUCAGCGGCAUCGGCCACGGUAGCUCCCGCUCCUGGCCCCCAGGGACAUGGUGCCCCCGCUCCACCGUCAGCUGCGCCAGCUGCCCAUGAUGGCUCGCACCAGCCGCACGUUGCGCCCGUGCCUGCUGUCCCUCCGUACGGCCAUGAGGAUGCUGCGGGAGAGCACACCAACCUGAGCUUCAUGCCCAAUCCCCGCAUCAACGGUUCGCCCAGCCACGCCCGCCCCUCGCUGGGAGCCGAAGGCACGCCCGCGACCAAGAAGCAAAAGACGAAGCCAUCGCCGGCUUCCAACCUUCCCGAGAUUCCCCUGCGCGAUGUCCAUGCGGCCUUCGUCGAGUUCCGGGCCAAGGAAGACGACAAAUGUCUCUCGGCUCGGUGCAUCUACUGCUCUCAAGUCCGGGCAAAGAACACGUCGAGGCAAAGAGAGCACCUGAUGACGUGCCCCGGUUACCAGGCCGUGCUCAAGGACAAGAUCCCGGCCAAUAAUCUCCGCCACCAGUUUGACGAGGACGAUGUCGCCAGCUCGCUGGCCCUGCCGGCACCGGCUCUCGACCUCGACUUCAGGAUGAGCAUCAGGGUCAAGCCCAAGCUGAACGUGGGUGCUAGUCCGGCCGGUCGGCAGAGCUGGAUCUCGUGCGUCGGUGGUCAGUGGGCUGGCACCUGGGGCAAGGGCGUUCUUCUGCCUAGCGGGCAAGAUACUCAGACAACCAUCAAGGACACGGCCACCCGCAUCGACGCGCGGUAUCUCAUGCAGACCAGCGAUGAGCACCCGGCCCUGAUCAUAUGCAAGAUCACCGGUUGGCUGACGGGCGAGCGCGACGUCAUGGAACGGCUCCAGGACCCGGUGGCUGCCGAUAAUGUUGCCGCACACCGGUACCGGCUUCGCGUCACCAUGGAGCUGGAGACGGGCGACGAACGCUACCAGGAAGUGAACACGGGCAUUUGGGUUGGCAGUGGCUGCCGGCGGGGUGCCGAGAUCGUAUACGAUGCGUACCGGAUCGGCUAACUGUUGCCGCCAGAGCCCCUGCUCCAAGUCACAGUGAGGACGUCUGUGUCAUUUUGACCCCAGUCUGCUCUGUUUUGUUAUUGUGUUUUUACCUCGAACGUUUUGUCGGUGUUUGGGAAGGUUUGGCUUUUUCUUAUCGUUUUGGAGUUGGCUGGGCGGAAAGGCACACGGCUUGCCAAAAGUCGGUCUGUAGUUGUUAAUAUACCACUCUCGCACACUACGGGAGUGACGCCGCUUCCC